UUCUACAGCAGAAUAUUAUAGAGUUGAGAAUAAACUGACAUGGAAAAAUGACAAACCAUUGUACACUGUUUAUCAUGGAGACGGUGUUACUGUGAAUGCGGAAGAACAUGGGCAACGUACAAUCGAAGAUACAAGAUAUUUUCAUAAAACGGUUGAAUUAUGUGCUGUUGCAUUGGGAUGGAACCCAUUGGAAACGAGUAGUCAAUCAGCAGCAACAGGAAGCACAAAUAUAAGAGACAUCAACUAUGUUCCUGAGGUAGUGAACUCCAAAGUUUGUGUACCACUUGAUGAAAUCAAUUCUUCUGAGCUUGAUUAUAUACUAGAGGUUGGCACAAGAAUAAUAGGAACAAUCAACGUUGCAGGACCUGUGGUAUGUAAAUCAGAGAAGAGCACUACUGAGCAUCCAGAUUUUUGGUCAACGACGGUGAUUAAAAUACUUACAACUGCGGCUGAUGAUUCUUCUUCAUGGGAUAAUCUACACAAGGAAAGUGUUCGAGCUUACUUUGAUUUAGUAAUGCAUGAAGUAUGGGAAUGUAAGAAUCAUGAGCAGGAAACAGUAUUCUUCAGAGUAGUGAAUACGUUCAUAACAGUGAAAAAAGUAUACCUUUUCUACUAUGAUGGUGUGACAUUCAAAAGAGAAUCACUUCCUGAUGGAAAAACUGUACUACUGCACAUAAUAGAAGAAACAUUCUAUGAAUCUAAGGAUGAUGAAAUUUCCAAGAAAUAUGUUGGGGAAUUCAAACUUGUGACAGAGGUUGACAGAGUAGUAGAUCGUUUGUUCCCCAUCAACACACAAGGAAGACCUGCGGCAACUAGUACUCGUGCAGGUGCCCCGCCCCGCCCCCGUCAACCACAAGCAAAGUCUUUGUCAAUGGCUGCUAUGGCGGUUUACGCCUACACAAAAACUAAGGCCGAAACUGACCCAACCACUGGGAAAGAUGUUGAACAGUAUUCUGCAAGAAAAUUUAACACAACUAUCGUGAAGGAUGGACAUCGAAUAUUACAGAUCGGAACUCCUUGGGAGGAAGAGCUCAGUAGUACCGCGUCGGCUACUUUGAAGUGCUUUCUCGAUACAAACACGAAAGCAUUUUAUGGCCUUAGAUACCUUCCUAGAGUUGUGGAAUUCAUUGAAGACAAUGUAUAUGAGUUGGAUGAGGAGGACUUCUUCGAAAUGUUUGAAGUGACUGAACAAAAAGUAUAUCUAUGUACCAAUGAUGUGCACAAGAUUGUGAGAGUUAAAACUACAUUCAGGCCGAAUACGCUCACCCUAGCUAUUAGACACACUGAUGCAGUUAAACUGAACAUUAAUGGAAACGCAGGCGACUACGAAUACUCUUUGGGGGAUAUCAUGGAAGUUAUCUACAUAAAUGCAUUGAAUUCCAAGGUUGUGAAGUAUGAUGGAAGAUUUUCUUUCCCAACUCCUACUAACGCACAAGCACAAGCACAGAGAACAGGAAACAGAGCUGGCAGGGGCAGAGGUUUCUUGAGUAGAGUCUUCAGUGGAUCAUGCCUGGGUGGAUGUUCUCAACCACAAGACUAGAUUACAUUUCAAUUUUAACUUAAGGAAAAUACUGA